GUGAGGCUGGUGCCGCUGCGGAUCCGGACAAAAAUCCGGCACCACCCCCACAGAGGACUGCGGAACCAAGGGCGGAGGCCAUUAAUUCUAAUGGCACGCCGCCUGCACUGGAAAUUGCAACUGUACUGGGAACCGAGGUUCCUGUGUGGGCUGCGUUUUCCGAAGAAGUGCAGGGACUUCUUCCCUGCGUGUCCCGGGGCACAGGAGUCCAUUCAAAUGCAGGGAAGAAGUCCCUGCACUUCUUUGGAAAACACAGCCCGCACG